GCGGUUUAUAUCUCAAACGUAAACUCUCUACUAUUUUUACUUUUUAAAACAUGGCAUCGUUGGGACACCCUCACUUAUAGGGAUAUCAUCUUAUUUUAUGUCCGUGGAUAAAAGCUUUUGGUUUUGUAUUUAAGCAGCAGCGCUGACGGUCAGCGGUGUCUGUUCAUCAUGUCCCAGACCAACACCUCUCUCCUGGACGAGGUGGUCCGGUGGAGUCAGGAAACCUGUCGCCAGGAGCUCAAGUCCGUCCUGCCAAAACUCACCGCUUUACAUUUUGAGUCACACAGCUGGGAUGAUAAUAUACGUAUACUGAAGAUCAUUAUAGACGUAUUCCUCCCAUAUAUUGGUUUGUCAGAGCUGGAAGAUGAGUGCUUCUCCAAGAUUUUCCCAAAGGCGGUGACAGUGUUUAACAGCAUGAUGAAAGAAAUCAUGGAUCAAGUUGGUGGGCUUUCAAGUCAAAACACUGAAGUGUGUGAUUUGCUGAGGAACCUUCUACAGGGCAUGAUGCAGGUAAUCGAUGCACUUUCUGCUUGUGUGCGUCAUGUUGGCUCAUUUGAAGAAGCCCCAGACUUGGAUGCUAUUCGCUCUUUACCCACUUGUAUCCUGAGUGUCCUGAGGGAAACAUUUCAACACUGCAAGGAUAGUGAGGUGGUGUACUGUGGCCGUCUGUCCCUGGUGGCAGACCUGCUGCAAGGUCUCUUCAAGGAGGCCUAUUCCCUUCACAAGGGUCUGUUGGAGCUCCUGGACAGAAUUUCUUUGGACAGUAGUGCAUCAGAGGAGGUCGUCUCUGAUGUUGUUACAGUGAUUCAUAGUCUUCUGGAUAUCUGCUCUUUAAUCUCCAACCUGGACAUGGCAAUGCAUGCAAACACCUGGAAGUUCCUCAUAAAGCAGAGUUUAAAGUACCAGUCCUUGGUGGAGGAACGUCUACGUCACGGUGACAUCAUCACCAGCCUGUGUGACAACCUGUUGGCCUCCUUUCAAAACUCUGUGGAGCUGGCUGAACAGAUCAAGCAAGCAGGUUUACAGGAAUCAGCACAAAGUCCAGAAUACAAGCUGUUCCAGAAAACUGCAAAGAUGUGCCGAUUCUUUGCCAACACUUUAGUUCAUUACAUAAAGGAAUUUACAUUUUUUCUGACAAAAUACUGCAGGAACUUUCACCAUCUUUACCUCAAGAUCAUCAGUGAGUUCCCCCCCAGUUUGUGUGCUCCAGUGUUGCCCACGGCCCUCGCUGGGGACCUGAAUGCAGCGGCUCUGGUUCCCAUGAAUGCCUUCCUGCUCCAGCUGCUGCCUCUGAGGCCUUUUGCUGAAGUUGUGCUCCAGCAGGACCUGACGUUGAGUCCCGAGCACGAGCUUCCUCAGUGUCUCCUCCUGGUGAACAUCUUAGGACAUCUAGCUGAGCAACCAGAAGACGUCCAGCAGCUUUGGUACACUGGCAGUCAGUUCUCAGAAGACUCACUCAGGCUUCCUCUCUUCCAGGCUAUCUUCAUUAGCUUCCGACAGUGCUACACUGAGCGUAAAGUACCAGUGCUGCUGCCAGGGGUGAUGUUAAAGGGUCAAGCCCAGGUCCAGGUCACUCUUCACCAACACAUCUGUGUACAGCUGUGUGCCGGUGUGGCUGCGCUCCCACCUGCGUUCUUCCCUACACUCGAACGUUGUUUGAUUGAUGCCGUGCUGCAGGCCGAUACUCAAACCGCUUUACUGGCAGCAGAUGUUUGGUGCUUUACAGCGCGUUAUGGGACGGCAGAACUUUGCCUCCAUCACGUGCACCUCGUUGCUCAGAUGGUGAAAGCGUGCACCGCUGAGUGUUACCAGUUGUUCCACCUGGGACUGCUGCUGAAACGCCUGGUUUUUCUUAUGACGCCAAACCACCAGAUGGAGCUMGUGGCUCAUUUUCCACCGUCGAAGGUGGAGAACCUUCCGGUGUGGCAUCACGUCCUCCUCAGGGCUCUUUCACGUGAAACGUCUCUCCAUGUGCAGGCAGACAUUAUCGGCCUCGCUCAAAAGGUGCUAACUGAUUGGGAAGAUGGAGGAUACAAACUUGGACAAAUGGAGAAAGUGAACGCUGUGCUGUUGUCCCUCCUAUCAGUGCUCCGGGGCCAGCCAUCUCCUGGAGAACAAAGUGUAUUGUCUGCAGUGAAGAUGGUCACACAGCUGUGGUCCAGAAUGUGUCCUGAUCAGGUGAAGACCCACCCUGUACUUCAGCACACUCUGAAGCUCCUGCUGUCAACAGUGGCCAUUUUAGUGAAAAACAUUGAGCCUCAAGUCAUUUGUCAGGCAGUGUUGUGUCUGGAUGCUGUGGUUUCUCAGAAAUGUGCUGAUCAUCUGUUGCUGGCUGCCCUGGACUUCCUCUCAUCCCUGGGAAAGAUCUUCAUCCCUCCAGACAGUCAGAAUCAGAUUCUUCCCAGGUUGAGCAGCCUUUUCAGAAUCCUGCUGGCUGACAAAUCCUGGCUGAUACARCAGCACGCCCUGGAGGCAUUUUCCUACUUUGCAGAGAAUACAAACCACGAAGAGGUUAUUUCACAGAGUUUGGAUGUGGAAGAGACCAAAACCAAAGUGGUCAGUUACCUUAGCAAGCAGACUUUGAAUGCACAGGAAGAUGAAGAGACACGGCUACAGAGGGUUAAACAGGAAGCGGCAGUAAUCAAAGAACACAAUAAAAAACAAGAGAGCAAAGAAACAGUUUCCAACAAACAGGCUGCAGAAGUCGUCACGGACUUUGAGCCAUGUCCAAAGAAAGCUCGACAGGAGAGCAGCACAGAGUACAGCCGCUACAUCCAGACAGCUCAGAGUGCUCUGAAAGCGCUCCAAGCUCUAAUAAAAAGCAACGCCUGCACGACAGAAACACCUCCUCUGUGGCUCCCAGACAAACUGCAGGAGCUGCAGACCCUCAUAGCUGACCUGCACAUCACUUCAGUCAAACCCACUGCCUAGCAGCUUCAACAUUUGAUUGGUACUGUUUUUUUUUUUUCCCUUUCUCAAGAUUGUGAUCCUGUUUAUUAAAAAUAUUUGAACACAAACAAGUUCAGCCGUAACUUUCAUCAUUGCAACACAUACUGUAAACGAGGAGAGGGAGGCGUUUUAUACAGUAAAAUCUUUUAUUUCACCAACAAAAAGCUUCAAUAAAUUAUGUUUUUCCUACAUCACAUUUAUUCUGAGUGCAAGCUUUUAGUAAAUCAAACUUUACUCAAUUAAAAACUCUGCUGCUAAAGGUUUACCUCAAACCUAACGCCAAUGGUUAAUUUGGCACAUUUAAAGAAAAAGGAAAAA